CUCUAGCUCAAUGACAUCUGUUUACAGACGUAUACAGUAAUUUUUGUCAGCUUUGUGCAUUUAUUUAUUUCAUACAAAACUAAUAAUGUAAAGAAACUCAGUAUUUUAUUUAGAAAAUACAUAUAGUCAUUUGUCCUGCGAAUCUCGCUAUUUAUAAAUUACGACGCACUCAAAGGGAGUGCAACCGAACGAAAAACGAACCAUUCAGGGACAAAGACAAGUGGCCAAAAUGAUCACUACAAAUUUUGUGCGUUCUACCUGCAGCAUUUCGCUGGUGUUUUUGGCAUUUUGCAUAGCCGACUCUGCCACCGAUGAGAAUCUCUCAAUACAACGCUAUUUGUCCUCAGAUGACACAAGUUUAAGCACAAAUAAGCGCAUUCAACAGAUUAUGCAGGGCGGCUCAGCUGAUAUAAGUUGGCCACAACCACCUAAAUUAAAAGCUGAGAAAAUCGAUGUGAAAGAAGAAAUCGAGAAAUUAAAUACAACUUAUGUGUAUCAAAGUGCUUGGCCAGCUGAUGAGCUAAAAUUGGGUGCAGUGAGUGCGGUGAGUUUCGACAAGGAAGGAAAUGUGGUUAUAUUUCAUCGUGUAGAUCGUCUUUGGGAUGGCAAUACGUUCAACAACCGCAAUGUCUUUCAACAACGGAAAAAAGGACCCAUACGCGCUAAUACCGUAUUGGCAUUAGAACGUAAAAGUGGUCACGUCGUGUAUGGCUGGGGCAAGGACUUAUUCUAUAUGCCACAUGGUUUGACCAUCGAUCAUGAGGAUAAUGCUUGGGUAACCGAUGUGGCGCUGCAUCAAGUUUUCAAAUUUGGUCCACGUGGCUCUAAUGAUAAACCGCUGCUGACUUUGGGUACUGCUUUUAUACCCGGCGUAGGUGAUUCGAAAUUUUGCAAGCCCACUUCAGUUGCCGUACUCGAGAAUGGCGAUUUCUUCGUGGCAGAUGGUUACUGCAAUGCACGUAUUUUGAAAUAUGAUAAAGCUGGCAAUAAAAUCCUUUCAUGGGGACAAAACUCAUUCUCUGGCAUGUCCUUUGAGGUGGCGCCAAAGAACUACUUCGCCAUUCCGCACGCGCUCACGCUUGUGCCCGAACAGCAAUUAAUUUGCGCAGCUGAUCGCGAAAAUGGUCGUGUACAGUGUUUCUACUGGACCAACGGUACAUUCCAUUCACAAUAUCAUAGUCAAAUUAUAGGCGAUCGCUUAUUUAGCAUGGAUUAUACGCCAGUGGAAGGCGGUCAACUUGUCGUUGUUAAUGGACCGAUCGGUGAAUUGGGCAUCAGGUCGCUACCUUACAACGAAGUACGCGGCUAUGUGAUCAAUAUGCGCACCAAACAGGUGAUCUCAAAGUUUGGUCCUAAUGAUAUGCAAUUUUCAAACCCACAUGAUGUGGCCGUCACCAAGGAUGGCAAUGAAAUUUAUGUCGCCGAAUUGAAUCCGAUGCGUGUACACAAAUUUCUACAUAAAACCGUGGCUAAAUCGAUGCCUCUGUCAGCUGCAAAAACAACUACGCUUAGCAAGAGCAACACAUUGGGUCGCACCGGUCCCGAAUAUCAUGUGGACGAAGUUUUGGUCAAAUCUAACGUCACUAACACGAACAAGCCAGCACUAAGUGCAAACGCACAAGAAAUGGAAGAGAUCUCAACGCAGCCAACAACAAAAGCACACCAUCCCGGUGGCACCGCCAUACUGGUGGCUUCACUAAUGUUGCUUUUUGCUUCGCUAACAUUUAUGCUGGCAUUCAUUAUAGCUCGUCGACGCAAACGAGGUUGUUUGCCAUUUGGCGUGAAGAAUCGUCGUCAUGCCUGGGAUUUUCCCUCAAAGCCGGAAGGUUUCAAACUGGGCGGCCUCCUGUUGGAUCGUGGCAAGCGUGGUGGCUUUGAGAAGCUCGAUCAAAAUGCCAGCGACGAAGAGAACGAAGCGUCUACAAAUAUGUUGACUAGUGCGCCAUUUGCUUAAGUACUUACAUUAUACAUGAGUGUAUACAUGGCUGUAUGUAUGUAUGUAAGUGUGUAUAAUGCGCAUUAAUGCCUACAAGCUUUAUUGAAGAAAUGAAGACUAUCUGAUUUCUUAUGACGUCACUAUAUGGAAUCUUAUGACUCGGAGAGUAUAAAUUUUGUUUUGUUCGAUUAGACUGCGUUCACACGAGGGCUGCUUUUGUCGCCCAUCUUUAACAGUGAAUUCACUUUUGAUCAUUUUGCGUUCACGCGAGCGACACGAGUCCGACAUAUUGAGUCGGAUGGUUUUUCUCAAGUUCUUGUACGCUUCAUGCACGCAAUGCACGAAAAUAUUUUUUAUUAUCUAAUUUGUAUCCUUCAAAUAUUCAUACAUAUUUACAUAUUACAUCCAAAAAAUAGAGAAUAAAAUUAAAAUCUCCGAAUAUGUUCAAUGUAUGAAUUCCGUAACAACGAACUAUUACGAACAAGAACACAAUGCGUACCAACCCAGCACAAGUGGUUCCAUACCUAUGAUGGUCGGAUCUCAGUAACCGGAACAGACCCGGGUUAUUAUCCGGUCCAGAACUGUCAACUCAGCACCAUACCUCGAAAUUAAUGCAGGAAUGCUUUCUGCCGCUAUAAAACCCACAACAACACGAGCGGUUCCAUUCUCACGAUGGUCGAAUCUUGGUAACCGGAACAAAUCCGAAUUUUUAUCCGGUUCAGAACUAUCGAUUCGCCACUAUACCUCGAAAUUACUUCAGCAAUGUUUUCCGUCGCUGCAACAAAAACAACAUAACGAUCGGUUCCAUUCCCACGACGGUCGGAUCUAAGUACCCGGAACAGUCACGGAUUUUUAUCUGGUUCAGAACUGUCAACACGGCACCAUUCGUUGAAAUUACUUCAGCAAUGUCGUCCCCUCGCCUACAAAAAAAAACCGGCUUGUGCAACAAAAGCGUACUCGUGUGAACACAUUCUUAGUGAACAUUUAUUAGAAGUGCUUGACGGCUGAGUGAUACUUUAUUUUAGAAAUCAAACCUACAUACAGAUAUUUCAGGUCUCCUCGAAGUCCUUGGGAACUUUCCGGAUGCUUAACUGUUUUAGCAUCAAUUAUCAGUUAUGUUGUGCAUAUUAUGUGUAUACCAUUUAUAAUGAUUUAAAACAACUUAAGUUGACCAAGAUUUUCAUAAAAAUCUAAGAGACUACCGGAAAUUCCGACGGAAAGUUACCAGGGUUGAUCUGGUCAAAAAUCCUAAAUUUGUUUGUAUGAAUGUCUGUAUGUAUUAAAUUUUGUGUAUUUGUGAUUAAAUAUUUUUGAUGUUUUUUAAAACAUAUUCUCGCAUUUUUUAAGUAUACUAAGUCAGAACUAACUGUGGCCAAAUUUUAUCUAUUAUCUAACUAUUGUUGUACAAAUUAAAUGUAUUUUAACUAUUUAUUAAGAUAUGAGUUAUAUUGUAUAUAAUUAUUUAACAAAUAUAU